AUGAACAAUGGCGAUAAUUCCUCCGUAGGAAGCAUCAGCGCUCCACCGCGGCAGAGACACAAGUUUGGCACCCGCACAGCUGAAGGUAUCGCAGCACCCGUAGCGGCGGGGGGGAUAAUAACACGUGGAGGGAAUUUUCAGAAGCCAACUCCCUCAAGUGACGACUCCGCGGCCUCAACAGAAGAUUUAUCUCUGCUCUUGUGGUGUAGCGUCGGGGUUUUCUUGUUGCUGUACGUGAUCAGUGGGCGGUUUCACAACCUCUAUAUAACUCCGGAGGAUAAUGAUAAGGCGGAACAAAAUUUCCUCCAAUAUUUGUCUGAGCGUUGGUCUCGCGAAGGUGAUGCAAUCAUCACAAAGGCGUCAAAUGAUGCCAGUUUUACGCAGCACGGUGAUGGACGUAUUUAUUUCCGCGUAAUGAAUCAAACCUUUCCUAUUAAGGAGUCCACGCCGCCACGCGUUGUGUCAAAAGUAUCUCUUCCGGAAGUAAGCAGUGACAACCGGUGGCGCGGUGAUUUGAAAAAUGCCACAAGUGAGGCAGCCAUGGAGUGGCGUAACCUGACUCAGACGAUGCAAUGCGCUGGAAUCGAUGGGCCACUCAUUUUUCACCUUGUCGCGUUUCUUUCGAGUGGCGUGCGCUUUGUGAGUACAUAUGUUCCACCAGGGAAGCCUGAGAUACGGUCAGUGGGAGCCCACAUUCCAUGUCUGAAUGCCAUUCUGCCAUUGAUGUGCAAAGGUGACAAAUGGGAAAUUAUCUGCCCUCCUGAGAUGGCAUUCGGAUCCCACGGAUUUCAGGAGGUGCCCCCAUCUGCGACAACAAUCUGGCAGGUUUUCAUGUUGGAUGUGACUAAAAGCGGGCCACGCACGCGGGCACACGUGCAAAAGCUCCUCGCGGCAGCGACACGACGUCAUUCCGGCGAGGCGCCGAUUACUCGAAGGGAAUUGUACGAAAGGGCAAUGCGAGCCCGUGGGAAACUGUUGGGUAACGGUGAAGGCACACUGUAA